CGUUCAUUAUCGCGGUCAACUCGGCUACGAUGGGAUACGCAUUAUCGACGGAGGCGAUGAUCACAAGAUCCUACUCCCGGGCUCGUUGCUACGAUUUAGCGUCAUGCUUUUGGUCUCGUUUAAAAGCGGAGCGUUGUGCAUCUCCUUACCCAUUUCUGUUAUUUGUUCCAUGAUUUUCAAACUAUAAUACAAAUUCAGGCAUUUGCUUGAUAUGCUUGAUUAAGUUUUCUGUACAAACAUUAAUUUAUUUUACAGUAAAUAUUUCAACAGUGUCGUCAAAAUUAACUGCAAUAUUAUCCAAAUUGUGUUCUAACGGCAAACAAGAAUGGCGAAACAUCAUCCUGAUUUAAUUUUCUGUCGAAAACAACCCGGUGUUGCUAUUGGACGUCUAUGUGAAAAAUGUGACGGAAAGUGUGUUAUAUGCGAUUCAUAUGUGCGACCAUGCACUCUUGUAAGAAUCUGUGAUGAGUGUAAUUAUGGUUCGUACCAAGGACGUUGUGUCAUAUGUGGUGGACCUGGUGUAUCGGAUGCAUACUAUUGCAAAGAAUGUACGAUACAAGAAAAAGAUCGUGACGGUUGUCCAAAGAUUGUCAAUCUUGGAAGUUCCAAAACAGACUUAUUCUAUGAAAGAAAGAAAUAUGGUUUUAAGAGGCGAUAAUUUUACUAUUAAUAAAUACUUAGCUAUAACUUUUAUCACGAUAAUAAUGAAUCGAAGCUCAUACGAUGAGAAUUUACUACCACCAUACGCGUUUAAGAAAUAAGGAAAUAAAGUUUACAAAAUUUUUGAACA